GAUGUCAAAGCCUGCCUGGAGAAUCCUGCGGAGGAUCCCGGGGAGGACAAGAGGCUGACAGUGCAUUUGCGUGGAAACGACUUGUGGAACAUGGGGGAGUUCGAGCUAAUGCCGAAGAAGCCUGUUAACAUGGAGGCAGGCGCUCACCACUGGCUCUGGGCAAACCCUCCCUGCACCAUGUACGAGAAGAUUAUCCGAGAGGAGGAAUUUACUGAAGUGCUUGUCGUCACAUCACCAGACAGGCGGCACGCCUGUGUCCCCUGGUUCGAAAGAUUCACGGCAAGAACCGGCCUGAACGUCAAAGUUACACUACAGGCAAAUUCUCUGGCGCAAGAUUUCUGUACUUUGACGCGAGCGCGGAAUCUGGCCGUUUCGUUCUCGACGCUGUCCAAUGCGGCUGCUAUCAUGAGCAAGCGGGUGCAGCGAAUAUACUUGAGGCAGUUUGCGUUGAACAGCAUGAUGAACUGCAACGUUUGGCCAGGAGUGUCCUUGGUUCAGUACAGCUUACCUAUCACGGAGCAGCAUCAUGAGCCGUACAACAACACCUAUGCCGGUGUGACGGAAUG